UGCCCUUCGGUUAUUUUUGGCGUUUAUGUUCUACAAUACGACAAGUCUAGAGAAAUUGUACAAUAACAUACAAAAUGGCGUCAAGAGUCGUCGGUACAGUGCGUGCAGUUGCCAAAAAGCGAUUAAUUCCAACGAAGGCUCCUUUAGUUUUGACACCAGCUGCUGUUAAUCAAGUGAAGAAAAUCCUCGGUGAAAAUCCAGGAACGAUUGGUUUGAAGAUAGGUGUUAAAACUAGAGGCUGCAAUGGCUUAACAUACACAAUGGAGUAUGCCAGAGAGAAGGCAAAAUUUGAUGAAGAAGUAUUGCAAGAUGGUGUUAGAAUUCUGAUAGAUUCCAAAGCCCAGUUAACAUUACUUGGGACAGAAAUGGACUACCAAACAGAUAAACUAGCAUCCGAGUUUAUAUUUAACAAUCCGAACAUUAAAGGCACGUGUGGCUGUGGAGAAAGCUUCAAUGUAUGACCCAUAUAUUGGGAUUCUCUGUGAUAUGGUCUGUGAGUGUGGAUUUUCUUAUCCAUGUUGAAUGUGAUUAUAUGUACCUGAGUAGUGUCAUUAGGAGAGGAAAGUGAAUUCUCGGUGUGAAUAGACUGAUGGGUGACUGGAUGCUGCAAGUGAAUAAAUGUUGAUUAUGAUGUUUUGUGAUGCAAAUGAUUGGUUUUUGAAUGAGCUUAAUUUUUUUGUUUUGAAGGCUUUUUAUUAUUUUUAUCAUUAUGUUUUAUUCAAUGGUUCUUGAUUGUUUGUUAUGUAAAUGAUUUUAAAUAAUGUUGUAAAUACAGCUGUAUGUUUUGUGAAUUGGUAUAUUUAUAUUUAUUAGAUCUUUAUAAAUACUAUGACAAAAGUAUGAAUAAAUAUAUCAGGUCUCCUGAA